AGGAGCCUGCGGGGCCCGAGAGACGCGCGCGGGAGCAGGGGUGCCGGCGCCCGCGGAGGAAGAAACAAGAUUCUACUCCGUUCGUCUGUACAUUCGGCUUUUUCAGAUUCCUCAUAUAGGUAGGUGGUCGUUUGAUGCUGCUAUCUGUCAUGGACUUGAUGAUGAAGACGGAAGGAGAAGAAACUGUCUAGACUGGUCCAGAGAGAAACCUGGGCAGGAAUGGUGCUGUAGGGACAAGCGACCUGCUUGGAAAGGGCUGCAGCAUCCUUCUGAGAGCCUCUACUCCACACCGCCCCAUAAAACUCUACUUCCUCACUGGAAAGGGCACCUAGGAUUUUGCACUUGGCCACCUAACACCUCUGCUGUGCCAAAAUAAGACGUUUGCUGCUGAGCUGAAUGAGAUAUCACUCCAUUUUGGUUUUGCAACUUUCAAUCAUCUGAACUUCACUUACAGUUGUUUUGCUUUAAGAACUUUAAGCCAGAUUUGUACUGUUAUUUUGUGUACACUUUUCAAAAUGAUCGACUUAAGCUUCCUGACAGAGGAGGAGCAAGAGGCCAUCAUGAAGGUUCUGCAGCGAGAUGCGGUCCUGAAGAGGACAGAAGAAGAGAGAGUCAGACAUUUGCCUGAAAAAAUUAAGGAUGACCAGCAGUUGAAGAAUAUGAGUGGCCAGUGGUUUUAUGAAGCCAAGGCAAAAAGGCACAGAGACAAGAUCCACGGGGCAGAUAUCAUCAGGGCAUCCAUGAGAAAGAAGAGAUUACAGGCAGCAGCUGAGCAGAACAAGGACAGAGAUAAUGGGACAAAGGAAAGCUGGGUGAAUAAUAUCAACAAAGAUGGUUUCCUUCCCCCGGAGCUAGCUAGUACUGUGGAAGACCCAGAGGAGGAUGUGGCACUGGCAAGCCCAAGCUCCAAUGUAGUCCAUCCAGCUUCAACCAUGAUUGAUGAGUCCCAGGAAAGCACAGGGAAGUCAGCUGGGUCUCCAGCCAAGCAAAGGAAGAAUCCAUUUAAUAGCCCAGAGUUGCCAGAAGAUUACUUACCGCAACAAACCAAAAAUGAGCCUUCGAGAAAUGGAAAGACUGGUUUCUUUCAGACUUCAAAAGAAGGUGAAUUGUCAGAGUCAAAAGAAAAGUCAUCUACUCUGACUAUUUCAAGCCAAAAGAUAGAGAAACCAAAGCAGACUUUCUCAGGCUCUGAGGAUGGGUCCCAAAUCAAAACUCCAGUCCCCAAAGCCAGGAAGAUGAUGUACAAAUCAAGUGAUCUAAAGCGAGAUGAGAGCCAGUCUUUUCCUAGACCAAGAACAGACUCUCUGAAUGCAAGAGGAGCACCAAGGGGAAUCCUGAAGCGCAACUCCAGCUCCAGCAGCACAGACUCAGAAACAGUGCGUUUGCAGCAGACCUUUGAACCCAAAAGCAAAGCUGUGUCCCCUCGCCUGACCAUCCAUGAGAGGAUUUCUGAGAAGGAGCACUCUUCAGAAGAUAACUCCGCAAACUCUUUGGAGCCAUUAAAGCAUGUGAGAUUCUCUGCAGUGAAGGAAGACCUCCCUCAGAGUCCUGACCAAAUCCACAGCCGGGAAGUGGGAGAAUUUAAUGUGUUAGAAUCUGACAGGUUGAAGAAUGAAGCUGAAGAGGCAGGGAAUGUAGGUACAGUUUGGAAUGACCAUACGCCUCCCCUGGACAGAAAGCCUUUGCCUUUCCAUCAGUCACCCUCAAGCCCAAGUGCAUCAAAAAAUGAAACACAUCAGCCAAUGACUUUUCCAACUAGUGAGCACCAUUCUCCAUCAGAAGUGUUAACUACAAGACCACAGUCCAUUGAGAGUUCACCUGUCAUCAGUGAGCAUAAAGUUAAAUCACCAGAAUCAUUAAAGCUUGAGUCAGAAGUACCCAAAAGGCCUGCUGAUGAACUGUCUCGUGUUGGACCUGAGUCAUGUCAGGUGCCAGGUGGCAGUUCUAGAGACCAUCAGCAAGGUAAGCCCCCUCUUCUCACCACCCCAAAAGCUAAGACACCCUUACGCUUUGGUCCAUAUGCCACUGAGAUAAGGAAGACAACUGAUGAUUCCAUAUCUAAAGUCCUCGACUGGUUUAACCGAAGUUCUCAUUCAGAUGACAAUAAGUUAUCUCUCCAUCAACCUGAAGGAAUAGACUCCAAAGAAAAUGACUCAAAAUCACAACUUGCUAUUGCCAUGGUGACAGAUGACACCAGUCUGAAAGAAAAUGACUCAAAGGUGCUAUCACCCACCACAGUUGAAUUGGCACCUGUGGGAUCUGAUUCAACAUUUCAGGCAGAGGGAAAUAAGCCACCUUCUGGAUGCAUCCAAGAUAAUGUGAACAACAAAACCGAAUCUAUUCAUUUGUCUCAACAAGGCAAGGGAGGUCCAGGCAUAUUGCAGCCAUUUGAAAUCUACAGUCCAAAUGAAAGGAGUAAAAAUAUGGACUCGAGCCAAGCUUCCAAAUACAUAGUAAAAGGAAAUAGAGUAUUUCCCCCAACCAGUAACCACUCGUAUAGAGCUCUCAAAGAAAACCACGUUCCAAGUGAAACUAAUGAUGUUGGUAGCUUGGGUGAAGAGCCCCAGCUUCAUGUCUAUGAAAAACAUACAGGAAACUCAGAAGUGAAUUUUGAGUCUUCAGUUGUCAAAGAACCAAGUUUUAAAGACAAUUUAAAGACAAAGAGAACAUGCAAAGGAGAUACUUGCACCCUGAAUGCUUCCUUAGAGCAGGAGAAUAAUGAAUCACCAUCUGGGGCUACCAACAACAGCUCUCCUUGGAAGAAAUCUGAGGUUCCACUACAGCAAGAAGCUGGUGAGGCUCCCCAGAGCCAAGUGCAAAGAGAGAAAUACAAAAGAGUGAGUGACAGAAUAUCCUUUUGGGAAGGUGAGAAAGCUGCUGCCAAGUUAACUCAUAAAGACCUAAUAACUUCACAUGGCCAGGGACAACCUUCUAAAGGAGAUCAGCCUUUGAAGACACAGUGUGUGUCCAUGGAGCAUUUGUCUAUGGACCAGAGUGAAGAUGAUCAAGUCACUGCCAAACAAGUGGUCCUGGAUGAGGAUGGUCCAGCAGCCCAUCUCUCUGGUCAUUACUCCUCAAGUAAACUUAAAGACACCAGGCCUCCUAUAUUAGGUCCACACAAAAAUUAUCCUUCAUCUGAGCAGCCAGUUAAAGUGCCUCUGUUUCAGAAUAAGAUAAAUGAGCCUAUACAAAGAUUGCCAGUGGCAGAGAGUUUGCAUACUGAAGGGGAAGUUACUUUACCAGAACUCCAGCAUCCUUCAAAUAUUGGGAGUGAAAUAUAUGCUCCUUUGGAGAAAGACAGAUCUCUAAUUGGUGAAUCAAAACCCAGCUUUAAAGUUAUGUCCCUGAAGGAAAGAAUGGAUGAGCCCAAUACAGAACAGGUCUAUAAUCAUUCUCAGUUUGAGAAUUUGAGAAAGUUUUGGGACUUAGGAGCCAAUUUGAACAACAAGGAAAACGUUGAGAAGAAUACCACAAUAAGUCAAAAAAACUCCAGACCUUUUAAUAGCCAGAAGCACAAAGAACUCAGUGACAUUAAAUCCUCAGAAAGAGACACCCAUGAAAUAGAGACAUGUCUCAGCCAAAAAAAAGUUCUGGCAAAAGAGGAAAUGGAGAAAUUCAAUUCAAAGUGCAUACCCCAUGUGUUACCAGGUGAAACCACAUUUCCAUUAAGAACACCCAGAAAGUCUACUCAUCAGUUGCCAGGAAAUGAGUCAUCAAAGGAAAAUGUGGAAAAGAAUACCAAAUGGUUUGAGACUCCAGGGUUCAAGGAAGAAAAGGAUUACUCAGACCAAGAGAUUCAAGAAUCCAUAGUGAAAACAAGUGUUUUGUCUAAAGACUAUAAAGACACUUUUAAUGACAGCUUACAGAAGCUGCUUUUGGAAGUUUCAUCAUCAGCAAUCCAACUUUCCAGUGGAGAAGUUCAUGGACAAGUGCUUGCACCUGGUGUUUCUGAAUAUAGGACAAGGCUGCAAAAGACAGAUUUUGCUGAUUCUGAUGAAGUUGCUAGAGGACCUAAGGAGAUCAUUGAUGAGCAUGUAGACAAAACAGUAGCUCCUCCAAAGUUCAAGCCAAACACGUUGACUGCUAGUCUUGACAAACUUCUGAAGGAAGCAACUGGAACAUCACCCUCUCCCUUGCAAAUCAAGUUGGAACCCCUCACCUCUAGGGCCAAUUCUGAGCCUGAAGAGAAUAGUGUUUUUGAAAAAGAGGUAGAAGGAAGUCAUAGCACAUCAGCCUGUCAAAGAGAGAUAAGAGCUUCUUUUCCAGAGGGCGAAGAAACUUUGGGACAGACAGCUCUCUCCCAGAAAACUGAAGGUAGUGAGUGCCAGCCAAACAGGGAGAGCUUGUUGCAGAUGACUGCAGGAGAUGCUUGCCCACUGGAGCCACCUUCCCAUCUUCGCAGAAAGGGUUCUCUUGGGGAUGUGGCCAACUCUCCCCAAGACACAUCUUCCUUCCAGUAUACUCAUCUUGCUCCCCAGGAUAAGUCACUAUCUUCUCAAAGAGAAAUUUCAGAGACUGUAGAAAAAGUCAUUCUUCUACCCAAACCUCCGUUGAAGGAUGUAAAUGCUGCAUUACAAAAGCUGCAUAGAGAAGCUUGGUUGACUGGAAGGGAAGUCAUUCCUGGAGAAGUAAAAGAAGAAUUUCCUGAAAUAGUCCAGGCAACAGGUAGCCCCCAAAAUUAUUUGGGAGAUACUGCACCACAGACUACGCAAAUGUCUCCAUCAGUCCAAACCCUUAGCUCAUCUGUUUCCACUGUUGCUCAGUAUGGCAAAGCGUUGCCUCAGGAAGUAGCAGAAAUUGUGAGAGAAACAGUUAUUCAACCUAAAUCAGAUCUCCUUGAAUUCAGUACUGGCUUAGAAAGGCUAUUAAAGGAAACAAUUGAAACCCCCUCCUCAAAAUAUGAAAGUUAUAGAGAGACCCUUUCUCCAUCACAGUUAAAAGGUAGUAUUGAGGUGACCAGGCAAGCUGCUUCUGAAUUCCAUGCUAAGGAAAUAAAAGAAACUGUAGAAAAGUCUGAAGCUCCAUCAAUAACUGAAUGUGCUUUUGAAAUUGGUUUUGAGAAACUCCUCAAAGAGGUACCUCAAGUUGCUGCUUAUCAGCCCCAGGUGCCAGUGAAGGAAGAAACUCCUGAGAAGGAGCCCUCCCAGUCAGAGCAGGCCAGGUUCUUGGGCACAGUGACCCAUCCUUACCAGACAACCUUCAAGGCCUCUGACAUGAAAGUUGCCAGUAGUGUUUGCAAAUCUCAAGCCAACCAACAUGAUAAAGAGUUGGGAGGAGACAAAACUGUAACUAAUUUAUUAGUAGAUCCCUAUGGUUCUGAAAGUGGGAUUGAGAUCUCUGGAACCCCAGAGAUGGACUAUGAUAUAAGGACCACAGAAACCAUAAAGCCCCCAGAGAACAGAGAUAGUAAAAGUGAGAUUGCAGGCGUUCAAGAAAGGGAGCCUGGCUUUGAAGAGGCUCCUGAAGUAAUGAGUGUGUCCAGAAGUAAGCAACCCAUGCCUCUUCUGAUGAACAAAGAAAACCCUCCCAACCCUCUGACAUCACUGUAUAAGAGACGAGAGAAAGACGAAGAUAAAGGCUUCUCUGACUCUGAAUUUUCGGAUGGGAACACAAGUUCUAACGCAGAAAUUUGGAGAAAUACCUCCAGUUCAGAAGAAGAACCCAGUCCUGUUUUGAAAACAUUGGAAAGGAGAGCUGCUAGGAAAAUGCCUUCCAAAAGUUUAGAAGACAUAUCAUCAGAUUCCUCAAAUCAAGCAAAAGUAAAUAAUCUGCCAGAAGAAUUAGUACAUAGUGCUGAAGAUGUAGAUAAAAAAGCAGAUCAGGAAGCAGAUACAAAUGAAUGCAUUCCAGGAAUUUCCACAGUGCCUUCACAACCUGAUAAUCAGUUUUCCCACCCUGACAAACUCAAAAGGAUGAGCAAGUCUGUUCCAGCAUUUCUCCAAGAUGAGAGUGAUGACAGAGAAACAGACACAGCAUCAGAAAGCAGUUACCAGCUCAGCAGACACAAGAAGAGCCCCAGCUCUUUAACCAAUCUUAGCAGCUAUUCUGGCAUGACGUCAUUGUCUUCUGUGAGUGGCAGUGUGAUGAGCGUUUAUAGUGGAGACUUUGGCAAUCUGGAAGUGAAAGGAAGUAUUCAGUUUGCAAUUGACUAUAUGGACCCCCUGAAGGAAUUGCAUGUCCUUGUGGCCCAGUGUAAAGACUUAGCAGCAGCAGAUACUAAAAAACAGCGUUCAGACCCAUAUGUAAAGAGCUAUUUGUUACCAGACAAGGACAAAAUGGGCAAGAAGAAAACAGCUGUAGCGAAGAAAACUUUGAAUCCUGUGUAUAACGAGAUCCUACGGUAUAAAAUCGAAAAGCAAAUUUUAAAGACACAGAAGCUGAAUCUCUCCGUUUGGCAUCGGGAUACUUUUAAGCGCAAUACCUUUCUAGGGGAAGUGGAACUUGAUUUGGAAACUUGGGACUGGGAGAACAAACAGAACAAACAGUUGACGUGGUACCCCCUGAAGCAAAAGACAGCACCCGUUGUCCUUGAAGCAGAAAACAGAGGUGAAAUGAAGUUAGCUCUCCAGUACAUUCCAGAGCCAAACCCUGGUAAAAAGUUUCCUGCAACUGGAGAAGUGCACAUCUGGGUGAAGGAAUGCCUCGAUCUACCACUACUAAGGGGCAGCCAUCUAAAUUCUUUUGUCAAAUGCACCAUCCUUCCUGAUACGAGUAGGAAAAGUCGCCAAAAAACAAGAGCUGUAGGGAGAACCACCAACCCUGUCUUCAACCACACCAUGGUGUACGAUGGGUUCAGGCCUGAAGAUCUGAUGGAAGCCUGUAUAGAGCUUACUGUCUGGGACCAUUACAAAUUAACUAGCCAGUUUUUGGGAGGUCUUCGGAUUGGUUUUGGGACAGGCAAAAGCUAUGGUACUGAAGUGGAUUGGAUGGACUCUACUUCCGAAGAAGUUGCUCUUUGGGAGAAGAUGGUAAACUCCCCCAACACUUGGAUUGAAGCAACCCUGCCACUCAGAAUGCUGCAGAUUGCCAAGAUUUCCAAGUGAACCCAAAGUCCACUGACUCCUCUACUGGAAACAACUAAAUAGGUGGAUCUGAUAUGAAAAUCUGACUACAGACAGAGAUUCUUCCCUUCUCUCUCUUGCUACAAAUGAAUGCUACACAGCAUGGGAAAGUCAGCCUACAUGUGUUUCUCUGGCCAUAAGGCAUAAGAGAUUGAAAUAAUAACAAAAAGUGUAACUUAUUUGGAAUUGCAACAUUAGAAAGGUUUUUGGGGAAAAUAAGAAACUUUAACUGUUGCAGCUGCUUCAAGGAAAAAAGCUGCCAAAUGUGGGAUGCUGUAAACCAGUAAAUUAUUGUAGUUUGUGACCAUGCAUUUACACUACAAUCUAGUGCACAGUUAAUAGGCUGCCAAUUGAUCACUGAAAACCCUUGCAGGAACUGAAAAUGUAUAAGUUGUGGAAAACAGUGACAGAAAGAUAUUCCUACAAAAGAGGGGUGGGGAGAGGCGACUGUCAUUGACAGUAAAGAAUUUGACCAUAAGAAAACUAUUUACUCUCUAAUCUAUGUUAAAACAUGGAAUUCCAUAUUAAGGCAAUGAGACUAAAUUUACAGCAUGCAUUUCUGCCUUCAGAAACUGCGUUCUCCCUUUCCCAGUGUUAAACAGAAGUCUUAAAUGUGCUUUGGUGCCACCCAUUGGCCAUAGAUGGAAUCCAGCUUGUGGCUUAAUGUUCUCCUAAAAUAGAUGUGUCAGCCUGUAUUUUAUAAUAGAGUAUAUGUGUAUAUAUAUAUAUAUGAAAAAAACCACAAAAACCUUGCAUAUAUAAGGCUCUGUAUUUCUUAGAACUCUACAAAAGCAGCAUGAGAGUUGUCACAGACAUGCUUUGCAACAAAGUUUAAUUAAAAUGCUAAUUGUUAAAUUUAUACUAUACUUCCUAUGUUAUAAGUUUCAUAUUUUGUAAAAACCCUUAGUCAAAAUAAAUUACCAUGAUUUAACUAGG